UCGGAUGCUGCAUUAGUCUACCCAUCUCUUUAAUUACCAACUUCUCCAAACUGGACAGGCUAAAAACCUUGCGCGUGCAAGAACUGUAGUUUAAGUUUUAUUUUGUCAGCGUAUGCGCAAAUUUUCCCUGCCAUCAAAGAUAUUCGAACAUAUUUUAGUACGCAAGGUUUCAGAGGAUUUCAUUGGUUAUGUUGACUGAGGGGUUAAAUAGAGCCAGCCUCUUGCACGCCUAGUCAUCUCAGCCUCCCACACAAACUUAGCUGCACUAACUAGAAAGUCCAGUUUCUCAAGCAAGACCUAGAAACACCACAGAGUCCUGAAGGCACCAUGGACCUCGACAGUAAACGGCUGGUGGUGGUGGUACCAAAUGAAGUGCAGGUGCCCUCUCGUCAAGUGGUCAGCAGCGAGGAUGAUGCGUGGAGGAGCUACCUGGAGAACCCGCUGACCGCUGCCACUAAGGCCAUGAUGAGCAUCAAUGGGGAUGAAGACAGUGCAGCAGCACUGGGACUGCUGUACGACUACUACAAGGUUCCCAGAGAGAGGAGACGGGCCUCCAGUGAUGUUAAACCCACAGACCCCUCCGCUAUGGGGCCUGAUACCUGCGGGAGCUUGGAGAUACUAGAUCACCAUCUCCACGCUCUCAGGUCCAUGCCUGUCAACCUUUCCCUAAACAACAACACCACCACAGAACAUCAGGGCUCCAAGUAUGGAGCGAUCUGCCUCACAGCAGGCGGUAAAGGUGGAGGUGGGGCAGCUCCGGCUGUGGUCAAGACAGAGGGCCAGAUGUCCAUGGGAGUGUCCUGCUCUGGGGGAUCCUACCAAGCACAACCCGGAGAUCACAUACGGAUGGCUUACGAGCAGAGCCACUACGAUGUGUCGCAUGCUGGAUACUUUAAAGAUAAACAGAGAAGCACUCCAGACAGCACAUAUGAGGACGCCGUCGAAGGAGAGAUGUAUCACAAAAGUCCCUCCUCUGGAGUUGAUGAAUUCCACUGCAGCCUACCAAUGGGCAGCUUCCAGUACAGUCUGGAGGCCAGCAUGUCUCUGCGGCCGCGGCAGGUAGAGGGACCGAUGGCUUACCUGAACCGGGGCCAGUUCUACGCUUUGACACUGUCGAAGGCCGGCUUCAGAUCGUCCGUACAUCAGCCCAGAGGCAAAGUGCGGGUGAGUGGGCCGACGCCGUCACACGGGCCUGAUGGGGGCCCAUCCGGUAAUGAGCAAUGCACCAUGGGAGGCUCUGAGCUGCAGCGGGACAGUAUUGUACAGAGCGUUAUCAUGGUUGUCUUUGGGGAAGACAAGGGCAGAGACGAGCAGCUGAAGAAUUGGAAAUACUGGCACUCCCGCCAGCACACUGCCAAACAGAGAGUCCUGGACAUUGCCGACUUCAAGGAGAGCUUCAGCACGAUCGGGAACGUGGAAGAAAUUGCCUACAACGCUGUCUCUUUCACAUGGGAUGUCAGUGAAGAAGCUAAGGUCUUUAUCUCCGUGAACUGUCUGAGCACGGACUUCUCCUCGCAGAAGGGCGUGAAGGGCAUGCCUCUGAUAAUCCAGAUCGACACCUACAGUUACAACAGCUGCAGCAGCCAGCCGAUCCACAGGGCCUUCGCUCAGAUCAAGGUCUUCUGCGAUAAGGGCGCUGAGAGGAAGCUCCGUGAUGAGGAGAAGAAGCAGCUCAGGAAGAGGGUAAAAGGGAAACAUUGCAGUUUGGGGCAGACGCCCCCCGUCAAGAGGGCUGAUAACACGCUGUUCAAAACAAUGGUAGACCUGGACGCCCAGCCUGUGCUCUUCAUUCCUGACGUCCACUUUGGAAACCUGCAGAGAGCCGGGCAGGUGUUUGCUUUCAACACUGAAGAGGUGGACAGAGAUGGAAGUGUUCUGGUGAAAAGGAUGUCACAUGUCGCUGAGGAAGAUGUCUGUCCACCUCAGCCCAAAAAGUCCAAAGUGGAACUGGAAAGGAAAGUCCUGCUGUAUGUGAGGAAGGAGUGUGAUGAAGUGUUUGACGCCUUAAUGCUGUACACCCCAACCCUAAAAGCAUUGAUGGAGGCAAUCUCAGAGAAAUAUGCAGUCCCUGUCGACAAGAUGGCCAAAGUUUACCAAAAAAGCAAGAAAGGGGUCCUGGUGAACAUGGACGACAACAUCAUCCAGCACUACUCCAACGAGGACACCUUCAUCCUGGCUAUCGAGAGCUGUGCACAAUCCUUACGUGUCACUCUGUCAGAAAUCUGACGGUUGCUACCCACAGCACUUUAUCCAGCACAGUCACCAUAUUGACGCUUUAGCCAUGCCAUGGGUAGCAGUUAUGAACAUUUACUGGCAGUAUUAGAUGGUGGCGGCACCAAAAUGUGUUCCUUGAGGCCUACGUCUGGCCUAAAUACAGUAGGCGUCUCAGUUUGUUGUCCUGCAUGGAUCAUUGGCUAAACUCCAUCCCCCGGACAACGUAUACAUCCACCUCACCUGCUGCAGAACCUGUUUACUACACAUCCUGCUGUGGGAGGAUUUCUUUCUUUAGGAACACGGGCUUCAAUUUGAAAAUGUAUGAAAGUGUCCAGAUUAGGAAAUUAAAUAAUAAUGAACUUCUUAAUACGUUGGUGUGCCAGAAAAGAAGUCUUUAUCCAAGGUAACACAAAGCAUCCAGCCAGCUUGCUGUGCUUUCACAGGAAGAACACAGUAUGUAGUAUAGUAGUAUGGGCUUGACGGCAGGGACUGCUGUUAGAUUCUUCCUGGUCACCGCACGCUUUUAGAUUACUCGAUCCGAUGUGUGGAUGGCUCUCACUUCAAAGCAAGUUAUGCAACAUCUUUUACUGGCACUCAUUGGCCUAUUGUUUUGUGUACACUUAUUUUUGGAUGCAUCUCAAAAUAGUUCUUAUGUCAUGAAUUCUCUAAUCUUUCUUAGUUGUCCAUCUUUUUUUUUUUUUUACUGCAUACUAAAUGUUUCCAAUCGGUACCAGUGGAAUUAGUCAUCACAGCUUGUGAUUACACGCUGGUGUCUCACGGCCUAUAAUUGCACGAGGCACCGUUAUGGAACAAGACAGUAAGUCUCCAGGAUGCUGUUAAACUGUUUUGCUUCCUCCGUGCAUGUGUUUAUUGCUUUCCCUCUCGCUGUAGAGACUGGAGUCAUUAGUAUUUAGGGCAUUAGUCUGAGGCUACUGCAAACCAUCGGAGCUUAACAGUCUAAUCGCUCAUGUUUACGCCCGGUUCCCUGACAGCCACAGGAGCCUUCAUUCGCCUCAUGCUUUAUAAUGUACAGUCUUUUUUUUUUUAAAUGAGUCAAUAAAUAUAGUUUUAUAUGCAGUCACGUGUGCCACAUUUAAUUUCACCACAUUCUAAUGAGGCACACUUCAUCCAGAGCGUUCAAAUUAACUGUAUUAAAUAUCAACAUGACAAAAGAAAAUAAUUCUAAAUAUGUAAACUUGCCAGUAAGCUUUAUAUGUAAAUGCUUUAUUUGUAGGUUAUGCCUUUUGCAUUUUGGAAACAUUAUCAGUAACACAUGUACUUUUUGCACAAACAUUUUAUACAUAAGUACUUGAAAUAGUUACUAUAGCCUAUAUCCUUGAACCAGUUUUAAGAAUAUUUUUUUUUUUGUAAAAUACUAGCAUAAUAUUGGCAACACAGCUGUAGGGGAGAUAUACUAAGUUUAUUCAAUAUAUUGUAAAACAAGCCCUGGAUUCAGUGACUGAUGGGUAAUCAUGACAAGGCGUGCUUGAAGAUGUGCUGACCAAUGUGAUGCAGCUCUGACACGUCACUUCUGGAGGCCCGCUAUUGGCCGAUUUUAGUGCUUUUUGGAGGCCAAUGAGGACAGAAAUAAUGGUAAUUCUUAUUUACAACACUUUGGAAUUCUAUUAAAACUUUACUACUUAAGUUACUCUUCUUAUCACAAAGUUUCCGGGUCCUGCUUUACACUGAGAAUGUUUUGAUUCUUAAAGGGUAACUUUGUCUGUUUUCAACUUAGACCCUAUUUUCCUACGUUUUUGUGUCUAAGUAACUGAUGGGAACAACAAUCAUCGACAUUGGUCCGGUAUUAAGCAAGACCGCCGCAGUCGGCAGUCAGUGAAACAAGCUACAGUCAAUUUUUGGGCAAUUGUGCACCUUCAAUUCACUUUCACCAAAGUGCUUGCUUUGCCAAGUGUCUGACAACAUUAUGGAAAGGAUUCUCUAAGAACCUUUCUGUUAAAGAGUAAGACAUUUUAUUUUUUUUAAACAUGAGAACAUCCGCUAAACCCACCAGACUCCCUGUAAAUAAUCAGCAAUUUUAUCAUUGUAAAAUACACUUUAUUCAAAGUCAACAGAAACAUAAUAACUUUAAAUACGUUUUGGUUUUUCUUUCAACUUUUCCAACAAUCAAAACUCUAGUUUUGAUGCAAAUAAACACGUAGUUUCACGAUUUACAUGUGAAAAUAUGUUGACUCCAAACAUGUUAAAAGUAUUGUCUUUUUAAAUUGAGUCUGGUGCUUUAGCGCUUGCGACCUCAGAGCUGUUUCUGGUUAAACAGGUUUAAAACGGCCUAUCUCUGUCUGGAUCCUUUCCAUAAUGUUGUGUGACACUGCGUUUUAAUUGCCUGGUAACCGAUAAAGUAAAUUAUUAUUUUUUUUAAAGUGUGCUACUUUGGCACCGCGACAGCUCUGUCAGUGUCUCUGCUUCGGUUUCAUCACCACUGUGUCUAUCUUUUACUGUUUAUUAUGUUGAAAGUUUCUAAUUUAUGAAAUCAUUGCUUAAAGCAUGAAAACGUUUUGUGUUGGAGUUUGUAACAUUCCAAAAUCUUAAUUUUGCACAUUGGGUCCAAAUAUUAUCGGUUUCAUUAACUACUAAUAAUCAGUAUCUGCCUUGAAAAACAAAUACCAGUCAAUCCCAAAUCGGCAGUAUAAAGUAGAGGACAGCCCUCCUUUUAAUGAUUUAUAUUAGUGGUAUGCUUUUCCUAGUCAUGGUCUUAAUGAACAGUUCAACCCGAUGAACUUUAUCUUUACGCUGUCACCACAUUACAAUUAACCACACAUCACAUUAAUGCUUGCACACAAUACAUUGUAAAUUUAAUUUUUGCCUUUUAAAGUUGACCAAAAAACAGAAUCCUGUGUUCCAAAACUGCAGUCACUAAAUACAGGAUACCAUACAAAACCUACAAAAUGCAACAAUUACAAACAUUUUGUUCAACAGAUAACAAUUGUACAGUAUAAAUUUAUACAAUACUGCUUUGUUUUUAUUUGGCACUUGACCGCAAGUUGCUAUUUUGUGUUUUAACAGAAAUGUUACACCUGACGUAGCUUUAAAAAACAAAAACAAAAAUCAUUAAAAAAAGACAAUAUAAGCAACAGAUGGUGACCGUAUCAUUGCAGUAGUAGUUGUGACUCUCGGUUUUGUUUGUCUGCGUCUUUUUUUUCUUCUUUUUCACAAAAAAA